UACAUGCUGCCGCUAGGCGACAUCAUACGCAAAUACGGUGUUAGCUUUCAUUGCUAUGCUGAUGACACCCAACUCUACAUGCCCCUAAAGCUGACCAACACGCCGGAUUGUAGUCAGCUGGAGGCGUGUCUUAAUGAAAUUAAACAAUGGAUGUCCGCUAACUUCUUGCAACUCAACGCCAAGAAAACGGAAAUGCUGAUUAUCGGUCCUGCUAAACACCGACAUUUAUUUAAUAAUACCACCUUAACAUUUGACAACCAAACAAUUACACAAGGCGAAUCAGUAAAGAAUCUGGGUAUUAUCUUUGACCCAACUCUCUCGUUUGAAUCACAUAUUAAGAGUGUUACUAAAACGGCCUUCUUUCAUCUCCGUAAUAUCGCUAAAAUUCGUUCUAUUUUAUCCACUAGCGACGCUGAGAUCAUUAUUCAUGCGUUCGUUACGUCUCGUCUCGACUACUGUAACGUAUUAUUUUCGGGUCUCCCUAUGUCUAGCAUUAAAAAAUUACAGUUGGUACAAAAUGCGGCUGCUAGACUUUUGACAAGAACAAGAAAGUUUGAUCAUAUUACGCCUAUACUGGCUCACCUGCACUGGCUUCCUGUGCACUUAAGAAGUGACUUUAAGGUUUUACUACUUACGUAUAAAAUACUACACGGUCUAGCUCCGUCCUAUCUUGUCGAUUGCAUUGUACCAUAUGUCCCGGCAAGAAAUCUGCGUUCAAAGAACUCCGGCUUAUUAGUGAUUCCCAGAGCCCAAAAAAAGUCUGCGGGCUAUAGAGCGUUUUCUAUUCGGGCUCCAGUACUAUGGAAUGCCCUCCCGGUAACAAUUAGAGAUGCUACCUCAGUAGAAGCAUUUAAGUCCCAUCUUAAAACUCAUUUGUAUACUCUAGCCUUUAAGGGUGGAAGCAAGGGAACUUAUAGUUCUAGAGAGCAGCAAAGACGGCAGAUAAAAAUCACGUUAAAGCCUCAUUUAUCCUCGACAAGGACGAGUCGGGACAGAUGUGUGCUGCUGUUGGAGUCCGACAGACUGUCGGUGCGCACCCGGGCUGCCCUCAUGCAGGAUGAAGCGCGCUGCGAGACUGUCUGGCAGCUACAAAGUGGAGCAGCGCCCUCUGGCGGUGACGCCCUCAACGUUCCUAGUUCAGGGCUUGGAUCAGGCAUUUACAGGAAACUUUGGCUGUUGUUUUAA